AUGGCGCCGUUUGAAACACCACGUGCUGUUGUGGCUGGAUUGAAAGAACGCGCCGAAGCCGUAUUAGUCCAAGCAGACCGUCUAUAUGUCGGAACUUCAGCCGGCAGUCUAUUGAUAUACGCGCUCGAGGAAGGAGAUGAUGGGCCAUCAGCAAGUUUGGUGGAUACGAAGAAGGGUGUCGCGCGAAGGGCAAUCGAGCAGUUGGGUUAUGUGAAGGACAUAAACUCCCUCGUGGUUCUUGCGGAUUCUCAGGUUACGCUGUAUCCCAUACCUGAUUUUGCUCCACCUACGCCCUUGACCAAGGCAAAGACGGUCUUCUCCUUCGCCGUGCACACAUUCGUAGAGCACGAGGAAGCCGCAAGACCCAAAUCUCCCUAUUCGGACCAGUCCGCUCGGCGCAUGGCGGUACCCACGGUUGUGACCUAUCUUGUCGUUGGCUGUCAGAGGAAGAUGGUCAUGUACUCGUGGAAGGAUGGCGACGCUCAGGAUGUUAAGGAAGCACCUCUACCGCACUCCGCCCGAACUAUCGCGUUUAUUGACAAUCACACCGUCUCUCUUUCAUACGAUCUCACGACCCAUGUCAUGUUCUCUCUCGACACGCUGACUGUGACGGAAUUGGCCUUGCCGCCCGUGCCCAGUACCUCCGCAUCCGGGAUGGGGUAUUUGGGCAAAGGCUUGGGUGGAUAUAUGACACUAGGCCUGGGCGCAAAGGGUAGGCCGUGCGCUGUCAAUAUCAAGGAAUCUGAGGUGUUCUUGACCAAAGACAACGAAGGGCUAUUCAUUGGUCCUGAUGGCAAGCCGUCAAGAACAGAACGGAUAGACUGGCCAGCGCCUCCGUCUGAGAUAUCCUUUGUCAAGCCGUAUAUCUUCAGCUUGCUGCCAGCCGGGACUGUUCCUGCGCCUUCGGCGACCGACACGGCUCCCACAUUCAUACCUUCACCCGUACUCCAGAUAUAUUCGUCACUGUCUCUCUCGCCCUGUCAGACAUUACCGUUUCCCUUUGAUGCAGAACCUUCAGCUUCCCAUACCCUACGCCUACUCACUUCCUCGCCCGGUGCGAAGUCCCCGUUGUAUGUCAUCAGGACUCCGACAGAUCGCGCACAGGCGACCAACGAAGGGAGCACUAUAUGGAGGUUCAAGAUGAAGUCAUGGGUCGCGCAGCUAGACGAACUGGUAGAGGAGGAGCGAUACGCGGAGGCGCUUUCGCUGCUGGAGACGUUAGACCAGGCCGUGCUUCCCGACAAAGAGCAACGUAUGACUCUGGUGAAGAGCUUGGAGGCGGUGGCCCGUUUUCAGGCUGGAGAGCGCGCAUCUGCCCUUGCCACCUUCAUGGAGCUCAAUAUCAACCCGGCGAGAGUUGUAGCGUUAUUCCCGGAGAGUGUGGCUGGUCGAUUGUCAAGACCGCGAUCAGAGUGGAUUCCGCUGUUCGGUGGUCCAACCCCAAAAGCAGCGGCAAAGGCUAGCCCGGACGCACCAGCAUCCAACGCUGAGGAGAAGGGUGGCGAGGGCGAUACGGAUGAAAGCGCAGCCGAAGAGGCUGCGAAGUCGAUUUUACCUUCCGCCAGCGGGCUUAUGAAUAGGUUCAAGGGACCACUUGAAGCUAUACGUCCUGUAGCGAAGGAUCCAGAAACGGCCUCCAUCGCGAGCUCCACGAAACGAGUUCCGCCGCCAGCAGACGACACCAAGCACGCGAUCGAGCCUCUCCUUCAGUACCUACCCGAUCGACGCGCCAAACUGGCCAGUGCUCUUGAAGCGUUCAACAUCUCGGCGUCGGAGUCACACAUGCAUUCAGCCCUCGCGGAGUCCUCUGUAGAAAAUCUAUACGCUCUACCGAACUCGCCACUCCGCUCUCUCACGCCGGAACAACUUGUCCGCUGCGCUCAAGUCGUCGACACGGCCUUGUUCAAGACAUAUCUCAUCGUUCGACCUGGUUUAGUUAGCGCCUUAUGUCGACGCGAGAACUGGUGCGAAGUAUCAGAGAUGGAAGAGAUGCUCAAAGAGCGUGCGAAGUUCUCAGAGCUAAUCUACCUCUACAACGGCAAGAAGAUGCACUCGCAGGCGCUCGAUCUUUUACAGAAGCUCAGUGAUGACGAAGUAGGUAUGGAGGACAAACUUCGCCCAUCCAUCUCGUAUCUGCAGCGCUUGGGACCGGAGUAUCUCGAUCAAAUCUUCGCACACUCGCGCUGGGUGCUUGAGCAGGAUGCUGAUCUUGGGUUCGAAAUAUUCACGUCUGAAGAGGUCGCCUUGCCGAAGCAACAAGUGGCGUCGUUCCUCGAAAGCAUCAAUCCCAAGCUCUGUGCCCGGUUCCUUGAGUUCUUGAUUAGCGAGCGUGCCGAGGUGGAUGCAGACUACCACGAUCGUCUAGCUAGCUUAUACUUGAAGAUGACCAUUCAAGCCAAGAAGAGUGGUGCUGAGGACUGGAGAACGGACUAUGACAAGCUGUUGAAGUACCUCGAUACUACUGAGCACUACCGUGUCGACAGGAUAUUCAGCCAAUUACCGUCGGACGAUCUCUACGAGGCCAAAGCAGUUCUAUUGGGUCGUUUGGGUCGCCAUGCCGCGGCACUCGAGCUAUAUGCAUAUCGUUUGCAUGACUACACGACAGCUGAAGAAUAUUGCAAGCGCAUUUAUGUUGCAGGAGGCGAAACGGACGGCAUAUACCUUACGCUCCUUCGCAUCUACCUUCGGCCCGUUGUCAAGACCAACGAAGAUCUCCUCCCUCCCGCCCUAUCUCUCAUUGCGCGUCAUGGCCGGCGUCUCGAUCCCGAAGCCGCACUGGACCUUCUACCGCCACUCGUCCGCGCUCAAGAUGUACAGGCGUUCUUACUCUCCGCCCUUCGUGCGCCCGUCUUCGACACGCGCACAACGCGCAACGCGGCGAAGGCCAGGAACGAGCAGGUUGCACGCAAGCUCAUGUAUCUUGAGUCGAACCGCGUCAAGGUGACGAACACGAGAAUAUGCCCUCAAUGUCACAAGCGUAUCGGACCCAGCGUCAUAGCGGUGCAUGCUCCUGCCGGCGAAGUCACGCAUUACAACUGCCGGGAGCCAUUUGCGAUGAAGCUCAAGGAGAUGCGGCGUGCUUGA